AUGAGAUCAAAGCCACAGCCUGCAACUGUACACGACGUAGAUGACGACGACAACCCCAUUCUGCAUCGGAAAAGCUCAGCAGAUCGAAUUGGGAAGAAACGGUCAUCCCCAAAACAAAGCAAGCAAUUCCAUGACUUUGGCUCGGAUUGCGUUAUCGGCGAAUCGAUAUGCAGAGGCUCGAUUGCAGAAUUGGUGCAAUGCCGCGGUCAGAGUAUCGGAGUCCCCCUUACUAUCUUCACUCGAAGUCAAGACACUAGCCCGGAGCGUAACGAGGUGCCAGGCUAUAAAUUCAGGAAAAUUUUCGUUUCUGACGACCCGAGUAUUCUGAAUGCUAAAGCGACAUACGAUGGGGGUCGUUUAGCCCCAAUUACGGUAUUCAUCGCUAAAUUGGACGAAGAGCAAUCCAAUCCCAGUAUAUACAUCGAGCAGCGCGUAUUUCAGAGUGGACGUGAGAAGAUCAUAAUUCAUGAACUCCAAUUUAGGGGCAAGGUCCAGGUCGAAAAGGAAUACAUCUUUAAAGGAUGCGGUGAUGAAGAUUUACACCUUGGAAAGCGUGAUCUCAGACUCAGGAUACAAACACUUGAAGAGGAAGUCUUCGAGGGUUACAUGCGUCGUGCAAGUUACUAUGGCUAUGAUACGAAAGAUUGCAUCUGGCUCAAUAAACAUACUGUGAGCAGUGGACUUGCCCAUACUGUCCAGCGUUAUGACGGAUCAACCCCCUAUCGUAUAUCGUUCAACGCCGAUGAUCUUAAAAUUCUUCGAGAUGCAAAGCUCAAGGGACCAAACUCGACGAAUGACCCGUUUUAUGAGGGAUUGGAGCUUCUGAGGAUACGUUUCAAAGGGCAGGGGGAGCCUACAGAGGACAACGGGCACAAAGGUGAUCUUGAUCUGCGGGUUAUGUACAAGACUGCCUCCUAG